CGGCUCCUCCCCCGCUGGGGCGGAGAGGCGGGGACUGAGCGCGGCCCAGGCGGGCCGGGCCGGUGGGGCCGAGAGCGGCCCGGCUAUGUCGGCGUUCUCGGAGGCGGCGCUGGAGCGGAAGCUGUCGGAGCUGAGCAACUCGCAGCAGAGCGUGCAGACGCUGAGCCUGUGGCUCAUUCACCACCGCAAGCACUCGGCGCUCAUCGUCAGCGUGUGGGAGCGGGAGCUGCGGAAAGCAAAACCAAAUAGGAAGCUGACUUUCCUGUACUUGGCCAAUGAUGUCAUACAAAACAGCAAAAGGAAAGGACCAGAAUUUACAAAGGACUUUGCUCCAGUAAUAGUGGAGGCUUUUAAGCAUGUUUCAAGUGAGUCUGAUGAGAAUUGUAAGAAACACCUUGGUCGAGUGCUCUCUAUAUGGGAAGAAAGGUCUGUUUAUGAAAAUGAUGUGUUAGAACAACUUAGGCAAGCUUUGUAUGGAGACAGAAAGGUGAGGAAGCGAACAUAUGAGCAGAUAAAAGUUGAUGAAAAUAGCUGUUCACCUCGAAGUUCUCCCACUGACCCUCCACAGACCACAGAUCUCAUUAGAGCAUUGCAAGAACUAGAAAACGCUGCCUCUGGGGAUGCAGCAGUUCAUCAGAGAAUAGCUUCUUUGCCUAUAGAAGUUCAAGAUGUUUCCCUGUUAGACAGAAUAACAGAUAAAGAAUCUGGAGAGCAACUUUCCAAAAUGGUAGAUGAUGCAUGUAUGCUGCUGGCGGAUUACAAUGGCAGGUUGGCAGCUGAAAUAGAUGAUAGAAAACAGCUAACUCGAAUGUUGUCGGACUUUCUCCGAUGUCAAAAAGAAUUCCUUGCAGAGAAAGAACAUAAGCUGGAAGAGUACAAGCGGAAGCUAGCCAGAGUGUCCCAGGUACGGAAAGAACUCAGGUCACGCAUCCAGAACCUGCCUGAUCUCUCUAGACUUCCCAAUGUCACGGGCAGCCACGUACACUUACCGUUUGCAGGAGACAUCUACAGUGAUGACUGAUAAAAGAACGUCCUUCCAUAACCUCUACUUUUCUGUGAAAUGAGGGCUGCUGAGUUUCUAAAUUGAGGGACCAUUCAUUCCUACUUGAAUCCCUUUCUGCAACAUUCAUCUCCAUCUAAAAAGGUCAAUUCCAGAAAUGUGAAGCCAUUUUACAGCUUCAAUUAAAUUGAAAGGUCAUCCUCUAAACUGUCCCGAUUGUUAAAUGUCCAUUAUUAAAAUUUGAAAAUCCUAUGUACCAUCCGUAGAUGCAGCCAUGAUGUACAUUCUCUUCCAGUGAGAAACCCCGGAGGCCAACAUGGGCUUCCAGUCCCCCCACCUCUACCCACUCCAGCAAACCUUUCUAGAUCUUGGUUGUCUUUUCUCACAGAACAAGAGGAAACAGUUAAGGCCUGUGUAUAAGUUAAACUGUGGAAAAUUAUUGCUGAGUGUCUGUUUUUAAAAAGUCCUUUGUAUGGCACAAAUGUAUUUGUCUACAGGUUGCUGAAUUUGUGAAAGGUCCUUGUUACCACACUAUGCACCAGCUUUUAAGUUCACUUAAGAAUACAGACAGGCAUCUAGCAGAUAGCCAGCGUUUAAACCAGAAUCAGGCCUGUAAUUGUUGAGGAGUGAUUUAAAAAAUGCCUACCUGUACCUUUGGCAUUUAGAUGACCUUAAAAACCUGAGCUGCAACUGUUUGAGUUGGAUAUAUCAUUGGAGUAUUUAGUGAUUGCAUUUUGUUUGUGGAUUUGCACUUGUCAGGCAUUGUUUUGCAUGAGUUAAGUUCACAGUUUACAAGUUUUACACUCCUUCUCACAUGAAAGCGAUUAAAAAAAAAUAAUAAUCUGUUAUUACUUUUCAAAAACCACAAUUUUUCAAAAUAGUCCUGGAGUGAAAGUGUUGAAGACAAUGAUCUGUCAUUUGUUACUGACUUCUAUGAGGCUAAUCACUAGAAUAUUUGUUGGAUGUGAAUGGAGAAUAAUCUUUCUCUUUAAAAUGGAUACACUUGGACAUAAGCACUUCAGUCCCAUUAUCUCUUCUCAUGGAAGUUGCCAUGAAUUAGACCUCAGUUAAGUAGGGAAAAAAACCCCAAAAGCUAAAAACACAAGCUGUUGACAUAGCACUCCAUAGCAUGCAAUGUGGAAUAUUGAUUUUAUUAAAAAUUCAGACUGAUAUAUAAGAAUCCUGAAAGUAGUUCAUCAGAGCUCACUAGCUGUCCAAAGAUUUGUAAGUUUUGAACGGGCAACUUUCCACUCUGUAAGAAAAAAGAGCAACUAUAAUGAAUCCAGAGGAGUGUUUCUUUAGUUUAAAUCUAAUAUGUAAAAUUAAAUAACACUUAUUGGUAGCUUUUUAGUGUAGAUUCUUGAUAAUAAAAUGAAUGUUUAGGUACAAGCUUGUUAUUUUAAAUAAUUCUGUUCUAGUACCUUAGCUCAUAAGUUAAUAUAUGCAUGUAUGUCCAUUACCAUGGCAGUGUAUGUUCAGUCUUGCUAAAGAAUAGCACCAAAUUUCCAGUAAAUCUUAAGAUUUGUAAAACAAGAAGGAUAAACACUGAAUUCCUGGUCGAAUCCCGCCUGUGGAAAACUUAAUUUGUACCCAGAGGUGAUUGUAACAGCAGUGGUGGUUCUUGUUUAGAGUGCACUGAACGAUCUAAGUCUUGGAUACACAAAACUGUAGGGAAUUAAGCUUUGUCUUUUGCUGCUUUAAAAAUAAUUCUAAUAAUGAAGUGGAAUGCUGAAUUUCCUUGAUCUCUCAAGAGUACUAAAAAAGACAUGACACUUACUUCACUAGACUUGUUUUUCCUGUUCAUAACUCUUAGAGAUAAUGUUGCUUAUCUAUAGAUAAUGUAGAACUGAUAAAAGAAUUAGGAGAAAUCUCAACUAAUUCUUGUUGUAUAUAAGUUUUGAUUUUGAGAGAGUGCUAUUUUCUGGAUAUAUUUUUCUUUAUUUUACUGUGAAAUUGUUUACUUCAAGGAAUUUUUCAUAGUUAGGGUUUUGGAAAUGAUCCCUCAACAUUUAUUUGGUGAAGAGGACUUGUGGAAGGUGAAGGUCGCUCUUAUAGCAAGUGUCAUAUAUUAGUGGCUGAAGGGUAUGUUGUUUUUUAUUUAUAUGGGAAAGGCAUCAGGUAUCAACUAGUUAGAAGAUCUGUAUUGUAACUGUAAUAGUAUAACAGGACAUAACAGUACGAUAUACAUGCAGCCCUGUAGUAUCCAAAAAAUACCUCCAAAUUCUCAGGUUCCGAAACUUAACAUAGGUAUUUCAGACAUCUCAGGAAGAAAAGAUGCUGGGUGGGGAAAGCAAGGGUGACUAGGAGCUAAAAGGGAGAAUAUCCCUGAGUGGAAAUGGAAGUCGUAACCAAUGUCAGCUUUUGUCAAAACUGAAAUAACAGUGGGAAGCUUUGGGCAGCACAGUGUUUUAGCUGAAGAUGGGUUUAUGCAAUAGAACUGCUUUGUUGCAUUACCACCCUGGGGAAGAAGAUGCAUGGGUGUACCCUGCCUGGGCUGGUUCUACUCAACUAGAAUUCCCACCCUACAAAAGGCACAAUUAUAAAAUAACUGAACAUUUUUCAUCUAACAAUAUAAGAAUAAUAAUCAGAUUAUUUGUUUCACUGUGUUGCACUUUUAUUGAGCAUUCUUUGGAAAAAGCAAAGACAAUCUUGCAGCUCUUUGCCAUAUGAGAAUGCUUAACUUGGAGGUCACUGGGACUGCUUGUAUGUUCUAGUGUUUGCAGGCUCAAGCUGUGUUUUUGCAGCAUGUUUUGAGAGCUGUCAGGAAUAUUACCCCACUUCUCUGCUUUUAAAAAUAAACGUGAAGUGCUUAGUUACAAAAAUUACCAUUCUUGGAAAUCGUUUCAUUACUCCUUUUGAAAAUGGAACUACAGCCUGCAGUAACAUUAGCUUGUCUGUUUCACUCAUUUAAUGUUUGUAGUAAUAUAUUCAAACACCUUCGUUAAUCCCUAGGAACACAACCCAUACUACAUGUUUACUAUGUGUUUUAUCUGAGUAGUCUUCUGAAUGUUGAACUGAGAGUUUAAUGAUGAUAAAAUUACAUUCCCGUUUUCGUGAAGUAUAAAAAUACAGUGUGUUAGGACUUCCACAGACUAAUAUUGCUCUCAUAAGUCACUGGUAACAUGGUCUGGUACUUCAAUGAUGAUCCAAAAUGCAUAGGUAGGAUGCAGUAGCCUUCUGUGCAGAUGACCAUGGAAGUCCUGCAUAGGCUUCACUGGGCCUCCACAGAAGAGCUGGAUUUCAACCAUUUGAGACAUAAGCACAGAGAUUAAUGGGUGUGGGGUUUUUUCAGUGGAAAAAAUAGUGAACUAGAAAACCAGCAUGCCUAAAAUUUGAUGGUUCCAUCUAUAUUUAGGGCCAGUUUUGCUCAUUACUCAUGCAUAUAAUCACAGUGACUAUUCCUGCAAGUGAAGAAAGCAGAUUCAAAUGUAGCGUCUGAAGUGGAUUUUUUUUUUAAUGAAUGACCAAUUUUGUCUCAGCUCCUAUUUCAGUGUAAUUUAUCUUGAUUAAGGAGUAAAUCUCUUCCAUCUUGUUAUUUAGAAACCUAGUUCUGAUUUCAUCUUUACAAUAUUUGAAGUAUCCUACUAAGCAUGAUGUUUUUGUGGGAAUUUGCAAAAGUUCAAUAGCACUCUUUACUUGUUUGCAACAGAACUAGACUCAGUUGUUAAAAGUUUACAAUAAAAAUUUGAAAUUAACCGUGUUUCAUUAUUGUGCUCUUCUGACAGAAUGUGUAAUCCUUGUGUAAUUUAUGUCCUAAAAAAUAACACCUGUAUGUACGCUCUUUCAUAUUUAAUAGAAUAAAACGUUGUUCUAAAAACA